CUGCUGGCACGGCCCCUAUUGCGCUCACGAUAUCCUACGGCCCGCGCGAUUGGGUAAGUUGCGUUACAAUGGCGUCGUGAAACUUGCUCUAUUGGUCGCGUAAUCGAUGAACAAUCAGUUUGUGCAAAGCUAACAGCAGAAUGCCAAGAGAGAAGGAGAUGUGGCUCUGCGACCGGUCAAUGUCUUUCUGUUUAGAGGUAGGACGACGGGAAGCUUGGGUAGGUUAAAGUAACCUCCAUGCCCUGGCGUUUGGCGGCUAUUAACCUUAUAAUAUUUGCCUUGAGGUUUUGAUACUUACUUCGAAGGUUGUUUAUUAACAACGAGCUAUGGCUCUCAAGUACGUCCUUGCGGCUUUCGCAUUGGGUGCUGCGAGUGUGAAUGCGCAGACAACAGACAACUCGAAUUUCUACUCGGUCUCGGAUGACUACUACAACUAUGGCUACACCAGACGGACUUCGUCGAAGACUUCAAUGUUCUGGACAGCCACACUCCGGUACAUGGACUAUGUUUCGGUGAAACCAUACACCUACGCCGGCAUCACAGCGACAUACUCCACAGCCUACGAGUCAACCUACAUAGAUGUCGAAAUUGUCCAAUUGUACUACGCUACCGGCGCAGUUGCGGAGUCUGACUUGGUCUCGAGGACUACCUACGAUUACUACGAUACGACAACGUCGUCGGCGACAACAAGGUCGACCUACUCCACAACUGAGUACUACAUGCCGGUUACCAUGACAGCGCCUGCAAGCUGUCCUACGAUCUUCACCGUGGCGACGCAAGCCGAGAUCUCAUAUAUCCCAUCCAUCGUCACCGAUCAACUCAAGCCCACAUCGACAGAAGUCAGCACAAGCACUGGUCGAUCGUACGUUGCUGAGUACGCAACCUGGUACCUCCCCGAGGGUGCAGCACCGUUCACCAGCACGGACGACGACAACUACUACAACUACAUCGCCUCAUGCACACCCCCACCGGCCCAGUACACAAGCAGCACUCGCACCUCUGGCGGCAGCGGCUCCUCUAGCUCUGGAUCGGACGACGAUGACUCCUGGACAGACUACCGUACCUGCUACUUCGGCGGCUGUACAGACCUCAAGACAUGGAUCAUCAUCAUCGCCACUAUCCUCCCAGGUAUCUUCCUCCUCGGCUUCCUGGAAUCCUGGUUCUGGUACACACGCCUGAUGAAGGGCAAGUCCGCCAUGCGCUGCGGCACAGUGUGCUGGAUCCUACUCUCACUCUGCGUUCUCUGUUUUACCCGCAUGCAAGACGCGCGCAGCAAAGAAGACCAGAAACUGCUCCAGCAAAAGUGGAAAGAGAUGCCUGCAGGCCAGAAGUUCAAGAACUGGUCUUGGGGCUUCAAGCGCCGCUACCCUGUCUCUCUUCUCGGCCAGUUCUCCAAGCAGACUGUCGGUAUUGUGCCGGAAGGCCAGCCACUGCAUCCAGCCAUGGCUCAGGCGCCCCCAGGGCAGGUCUUCUACUACGGUCCUCCUCCGCCUGGCGCACCUGGGUGGCAGCAAGGCCCCAACGGCGGUACACCGGGCCACCCCUUUCCGGCGCAAGGCUACCCACAGCAGGGUGGCUACUACGCCACCAAUGUGCCGAAGGAUGCCGUGGUAGUUGGCUCGUCGCCGGUACCGGGUACAGCUAUACCACCACAGGCUCCUCAGCCAGCGUACCAUCCUCCCACAUCGCCGCCGCCGAACGCUCAGCUGCCACCGCAGCCUCAACAGGCGGCACCUUCUCCUGCACCACCGGCACCUGUUGCCGCUCCUACGAAUGUGAGCGAGGUACCGGCUUCACAAGCUCGUGAAGCGCCAGCUGCUCAGGCAACUCAACCAUCGCAGGCCCCGGCAACAACGCAGCCGCAGCCCACACACCCUGCGCCAGCGAAGAACGAGACGAGCGAUGACUUGUACAAGUAGAAUCCGGAGGCAUAAUACCGAGGUGUGAAGAACGGAGGACGAAGAAUCUUGUCGAGCGUCUUAUACUUGCAUAACAUAGCUUAUCAUCACAUAGAAGGAAGCAAGAAGAAGAUACCCAUGGCGGCGAUAUUAGCAUAGUCGUAAAAUUUAAUAAUAGAGUAAUUAAGCUCAGUUACCAACCUGGUGCAAGUUCAUUUGCGACUCUGCUCGCCCCCUCAACGAGAGG